UUGAAGGGUCAGUCUGUAAUAAGUGCAUGUAAACUGAUCAACUCGAGUGAGCACAGCAAGCAAGGGACCGGACUCUGGGUAAACAAAGACUAUUAGAAGUGCGUCAGUGUCAGGGUACUUGUGCCCGACUGUUUGAGGACAACUAGCUCUAAAAGCGACGAGAGAACACACUGAGAAUAUGGCCCGACCUCCGCAGGUGCUCUCGCUCCUCUCCAGGCUCGGUGCUCUGUGCGCGAUGCCCUCCGCUUCCGUCAACGCGUGUCGAUCUGCGAGCGGAGGAGCCAGCAGGGCGAGGAUGGGACCGGCCCAUGUGCACAGAGACAGAGGGUCAGACAGAGAGAGAGGGUCAGACAGAGGGUCAGACGGAGCUCCGAGACACCGCCAGGAGAUGUCAGUUCAUGAACUUGGACUGGAGGAUGUAGAAGACAAGCUACAGGCCUUGGCUGAGGAGGAGCGAAAGGGUCAAAGGAAUGUCAAAUAUCACAUACUGAGAAGGCAGAUGACUCCACUUGGAGCUCCACAGAGAAAGCUCACCUGGGAUGCUAUGGAGCAGAUCAGAUAUCUGAAGCAAGAGCAACCCGAUGAGUGGACAGUAGAGCGUCUGGCUGAGGGCUACUCUGUCACCCCUGAUGUCAUCCUGAGAGUGCUCCGGAGCAAGCAUGUCUCCACUCCUGAUAGAAAAACGAAGCAGGAUGCCAAAGUACUGUCUGGACUCGGUCAGCAGGCGCUGCGUUCAGGUGCUGGGACGGAGCCAAAUAGGCGGAAGCUGCCUGGAAACCACACAUCAGCUGCACUCCCACCUGGAAGUAGAGAGUGUGCAGUGGUGCCUGUGGCUGACCAGCUGGUGAUCCUUCGAGGUGAAGGAUCCGUGGCAAAGAUUCCUGCCCCUGCUGCUCUUCAGGCCACUCAGUUCAGAGCUGAUAGUAAAGAUGUUCCUGUGACCAGAUCAGAAGAAGAGGACAGCACUUCUAACUCAAAUCCUCCAAAUGAUGACAUUGAGGAGGAGGAAAGCUGGGAUGGACAGCUGUUGACGGAUGAAGAAGUUGAAGAGUUUCUGGAAGUAGAAAAGCCUCUCCCUGUGGUGGAAGUUGGCAAUGAAUUCUUUGACGGAGAUGGCAACUUUUUGUAUAGAAUCUGAGGACUUCCUGUCCCUAACCGUGUGUGAUAUUCAAGGUUGGCAUUAUGACAAUGAUGCUCAGUGAACUUCUAAACCGUUACUAAAUAGGGAAAAUUAAGUACAAAUGUUAUGCAUUUUUCCACUCUAUUGAAACUGCAGUUGUACUUUAAAAGUAUUUCAACCUGCUCGAAGUAGUCAUCUCACAACUAGAAUGUUUUGUUAACAUUCUUUUGUUGCUUUAAAAGAAGUUUGCUGACAAAAAUAGAGGAACUAAUGAAUUUAUUGUCAAACCCAAAGAAAAUUGCCUCAAAUUUACAAGAGAGAAACAGCAGAUACAAAGAUGAAACCUUGUAUAUUUACAGACAUAAUAACUUAUUCUUUUAUACAGCAGUUUUAAACUGUAAGAAAUGUGUUACUUUCACUUAAUGCAAUAAACCAUUAUACGACAACUUGCCAA